AUGAUUGCGCUGCCUCCUGACUACGUGAUCUACAAGGACGAUGUGCAUUGCUUUCUAGGCCCAAAUGGCAGCGGCAAGACGCAGUUUCUGACCAAGUUACAGCUCCAUGUAAAGACGCAACAAGCGCGAGGAGAGAUCGCGCCAUCGUGGCGUCUCGCCAAUCUCAGUCUUGAUGCCCAUCGCGAGUUUGUGGCGGAGCAUGGACGCCGCGUGGUCGCUGACGUGCUGGGCGGUAUUGGCUCCCCAAGAGCACGGGAUCUUAUUGUCCGUCUCGGUCUUUUUCCAGUGUGGGAGCAGCAAGUGCGCCACUUGUCGACAGGGGAAAUGAGGAAACUACUGCUGGCCGUGUCUUUAUUGGAGACUCCUCGAGCUUCCGUGUUGAUCCUCGAUCAACCGUUUGAUGGACUGGAUGUCAAGGCCAGGAGACAGCUGCGAUGGAUGCUUAGAGAAUUGACGCGAGGAUUUACAAGGCUCUUGGUCGAGACGACGGGCGCCAAGCACGAGGCAUUCGCGUACAAGACGCAGGUGUUGGUAGUUGCCAACCGUCUGGACCAAGUGUUCCCCGAGAUCUUUACGCACACAGUCUUGAUGAAGCAGGAUGGAGACACACCGUUUGAGAUGCUGGCAUGGCCGGGAGCGAGAAACGAUGACGUACGCAACAACGCAAUGAUGAAAAGGCUCGAAGCGUUUUAUCGAGAUGAGUAUGAGAAACGAGCAAAGAUGACGGACACGGAACUAUUCUCGCUUGUUGAGCAACUGUUUGAAUGCAAGAAGGAUGCUGUGUCUGGUCACAUGCAGGCCCUUGCGGUGCAGCUGCGUGGCGUUUCGAUCUCGUACAGCCGCAAGAAGGUAUUGCUGGAAGAUGUGAAUUUCGAGCGGCAAGUUCACGAACACUGGGCUUUGCUUGGACCAAACGGCUCGGGCAAAAGUUCGUUGAUGCGUGUGCUGAUGCAGACGCCAGGGCACGGAUUGAUAGGGGGCAGCGUGAUGGUUGUCGGUGAGCAGGUGCAUGUUUCUGGCUCACGUUGUUCCAGCACUGAAUCUUUUGCGGACUCUAGGCCAACAGUUGAAGCCAUAUCGACGGAUCAGCACAUUCAGCUCCUGCACAAAAGUCUUCAGUCCGGCCAAGAAGAGGCUCAAUCUGCACUCAGUCUGAUUGAACACAACGCUGCCAGUCCUGAAGCUGUGGAGCUAGUUGUGCGCAUGCUGCUUUUACCCGAUGCCGUGAAGACCCGUACUCUGUCUCGACUGUCGCAAGGAGAGCAGAAACUCGUUUUGAUUGCUCGCGCUCUGGUCGCACGACCGCCGUUGCUCAUACUGGAUGAGGUCACACACGGGCUCGACCCAUUCAAUCGCGCCCACGUGCUGCGUGUCAUUGACGCUAUCGGACAACACGCUGCAUGGAAAACGCAUCUGGUGCUCAUUACACACCACGAAGAGGAGAUCACUCCAUGCUUUACGAGGGUGUACGAAAUUCACGACAAACAGCUUGUGGAGCGUUCUACUGUCUAG